AAGGGCCAGUCGCUGCUAAAUUAUUCGGUAGCAUUUGCGCAUCUCUGGUUCUACCAAUUAGGGCCUAUCAGUCGAAACUCCAAGCUACUCUCAUUGCACAAGCCUCUUUCAUCCCCGCAUUAACCCUUCCACCGACACCAUGUCCUCCAAGUCGCAAUUGACCUACACUGCCCGUGCCAGCAAGCACCCCAAUGCUCUGGCCAAGCGGCUGUUCGAAAUUGCUGAGGCCAAGAAGACCAAUGUGACCGUCUCGGCCGACGUUACCACCACUAAGGAGCUACUAGAUCUUGCUGACCGUCUCGGUCCCUACAUCGCCGUGAUCAAAACCCACAUCGAUAUCCUCUCUGACUUCAGCGACGAGACCAUUGAGGGCCUCAAGGCUCUUGCGCAGAAGCACAACUUCCUCAUCUUCGAGGACCGCAAAUUCAUUGACAUCGGCAACACUGUCCAGAAGCAAUACCACCGUGGUACCCUCCGCAUCUCGGAAUGGGCCCACAUCAUCAACUGCAGCAUCCUACCUGGCGAGGGCAUCGUCGAGGCUCUCGCUCAGACGGCGUCUGCACCGGACUUCGCCUACGGCCCCGAACGUGGUCUGUUGAUCUUGGCGGAAAUGACCUCUAAGGGUUCCUUGGCCACCGGCCAGUACACUACUUCUUCGGUUGAUUAUGCCCGGAAAUACAAGAACUUCGUCAUGGGAUUUGUGUCGACCCGCUCGUUGGGUGAGGUGCAGUCGGAAGUCAGCUCUCCUUCGGAUGAGGAGGACUUUGUAGUCUUCACGACUGGUGUGAACAUUUCGUCCAAGGGAGAUAAGCUCGGUCAGCAGUACCAGACGCCCGCAUCGGCUAUCGGUCGGGGUGCUGACUUCAUUAUCGCGGGUCGCGGUAUCUACGCCGCGCCGGACCCGGUGCAGGCUGCGCAACAGUACCAGAAGGAAGGUUGGGAGGCGUACCUGGCCCGUGUCGGCGGAAACUAAUACUAUAAAAGGAG